AUGGAGAUGGAUGACGAUCCUGAUCUAGAGCCGCCAACCGGGACACCAGGUCACCCCAUCAGCAUCUCCAGCGGUUCUCCAUACCAAGGAUCGCCAUAUCAAGGGCCCGAUUCAUUUGCCGAAAGGUGGAUCCAAUAUGAAUGGGAAUUCACCCCUUCAUAUCAUAACUCUCCUGCUCAACCUCCUUUGGAUGAACCAUAUCUCCAAGCGGUUACUCCACCACCUCUACCCGUUGAGGAACCACCUCAACAACCACCUCAACCACCUCCCGAGCCACCUAGGCGAAGGAGGAAUGCACGGAUGUCCGUGCGAGGGGGACCACGGUUCAGUUCCCCUCAAGGUUCAAGCUCAUACCCUCCUAUCCCCGAGGACCCACAAAUGGGUGGACCCUCGCAUGCGGUGCCGGAAGACGAUCCUCCGCCGGUUUCUUAUGCACCACCACCACCGCCAGUGGGUUUUGACAACCCAAUACCAAUAUACCCAGGUUUGUCUGUGUAUAACCCAUCUGGAUAUCCAACCCCUGUGGAUUAUGGAUAUCAAGCUCCUGCCCAAGAUCCAUAUCUUACGGCAGCACAAUAUAAUGCACUUUAUCCUUCAUCUUAUCCUCCAGUUUACCCAACUGGAUAUCCGGUGCUAGGGUAUCAAUACCCACCUUAUCAACAACCUCCUCCUCCUCCCCAGUAG